AUGGCACGUAAGCCCUUGGAAUUCUUCGACGACCUCACCAAGCGGCCGCCGCCGCAGCUGGGGGCUUUGCGUGGAGGGGGCUACGCGGCUGGAUUUCCCUGCCAAAGCUACAGCACGCUUGGGAAGUGUGUUCUGCGCACAGUAAAGCUCUCGCAGCCACGCUUUGCUGUGCUCGAGAAUGUGGCCGGGCUGCUCCCACAUUUGGACGGUGUGAAGAGGAUCAUGAAGCGGGAGGUGGCGAGCGACUACCACUUGAUUCUGGUUACGCAUGGCCUCGAGUCCUCUUCGACGAUCCAGAGCAUCCUCGCCCCGUACAUGAGAGGCAGCCUGCUGAGUGUGCGGGAGAUGGCCGUGCUGAGAGCAGUCGGCAUGAAGCGGGUCGACAAGCAGACGUUUUUCUGCGACGUGUCACAAAGUGCCUUGCACGGCUACCCGAUCAAGGAGGGCCUUUUCAAGAUCCCCCAGAAUGUCAGCGAACACGGCUUGCGGAACUUGGUUGGGAACACACAGCAUGUUGUUGCGGCUGGCGCCGCGUUGGCAGUGGCCAUGGGCUACACGUCUGCAAAGUCUGAUCCCACCAGAAAGCAUCACGCCAGCACGUUCGUGCACUUGAGGGCUUCGUUCGGCCUGCUCCAAGUGGUGUCCACAUCAUGGAGCCCGCAGAAGGCCGCGAAGAAGAAGAAGCCAUCAGGCGCAAAGAAGGUCGCCAAGAAGGCAUCGCAGAAGAAGUCAUUGCUGAAAAAGACAUCGCAGAAGAAGUCCGCCCCAAAGCAGGUCGCCGUGAAGCAGCACGAGCUCUCCACCUUGAAAGCGCAGACUGAGGAGAUUCAGAAGUCCUGCUCGGAUUUGGAGCACACGAAGAGCUCCCGUCGCAAGAUGCUGGAGGACCGCACGGCUGCCUUGGAUGUGGCCCGAGCGCGCGCGCAAGACCUGGAGGAGGAGCUGACAGGCACCGAGGGGCAACUGGCCAAAGCAGCAGACGAGCUGGAAAGAUUGCAGCAGGAGGAGGGAGCCCGCAGCCGAGAGAUCGAGGAAGCCAGGCUGAAGCUCGGAGAGGUCCAGCGAGAGAUGAUGACCAUUCAGGCGCAGGCCAAGCCGUCCAGGGCCGACGAACUGGAGGCCACUUCCAAGACCUUGUCGGCGGAGCUGCUGAGGGCCUCCCAAGAGCAGGAGGCUGCGGAGGAGGAGCAGGAGAAGCUGCGUGCGGAGCUGGAGGAGAGCGAGCAGAUGCUGCAGCAAGCGCAGGCAGAAGUGGAUGCGCUGACAGCCGAGCAGGAGGUCGCCCAAAAGGAGGUCGAGCAGCUGACCCAGCAUAUCCAAGAGAUCAAGAGCCGCGAUACUGCAGGGAGGAUCAAAGAGCUACAGCAGAGCCUGGAGGCGAACAGCCAGGAGUUGGAUGCCACAAGAGGGCGCGUCACCACCAAAGCGUUGGAGCUUGAAGCGCUGAAGCAGGUCCAGGACGAAGAGGAGCAGUCGCUGCGGCAGGAGCUGGCAGCUGCACAGGUGGCCAGUGAGGAGAGCAGCCGGCACUCGCAGCGGCUGAGCGCUCAAGUCCAGGAGCUGGAGAUGAGGCGGGCGCAAAGCUGUGAGGCCUUAGCAAAGACGGAGUCCGAGAAGGAGGCCUACGCGAAAGAAGUCGACAAGGUCCAGCGCGAGAAAGAGAGAUACUUCCAGGACAACGAGUUGGUGCUUCAGCGCCUUCUCUCCGAAGCCUCGGAGGCGCGUCAGAAGCUGUCCCCGCGGCGGCAAAGCAACAGCCAGGAGGCCAUGCGCUUGCAGCAGGAGCUUCAAGCAGAGGCACAACGCUGCUCGGCGCUCCGGGAGGAGUUAGCGGCGAGGCAAACUGCCGAGGCCUACCGCCUAGGGCAGUUGGCAAGCACUGGGGUGGCAGCAAGCUUGGAGGAAUCCGUGCAGCAGAUGGGUGGGGAAUUGGCCAAGGCACAGGAUUUGACCCGGAAACUGCGGCGGCAGGAGGAGGAAGUUCAAGGAGAUCUUGUUCGGAUGAAGGAGCGCAUCAAGGCUACCAAGGACAAGCUGCUUUACCAGGAGGAACACCUGAAGCUUCAGCUGGACACCUUGCUGCAGCUGGACGCGCAGAGAACCAAGUCCGAGGAGGAAGUGGAGCUCUUAACGCUUGGGCUUCAUCGCCAGGAGGAGGAGAACUCAGUCCUGGAGGAGGCCAACGAGCGAAUCCUGCAGGAGGUUGCCAAGCGGUAUGGCGGCUCUUUGGAAGAAUGGGCUGGUGAAUCCUACGCGGCCCAGGUUGCCACGGAGGUGGCCCGCUUCCUGGAGGAGAUCGACCAGUGGAAGCGGAAGAGUGAGCAGGUCCGGCGCCAGCGCACCGGCGAGGUGAGCAGGCGCAACCAGCAGCACGAGGUGGCCGUGCAGACAAUGCAGCAGCGCAUAGACAAAUUGCAGAAGGAGAUCAUUCAGAGUGAGAGGAAUGCCAAGUCCUGGGAGGAGGAGAAGUCUCGCAGGAAGGGGCCUACAUCUGCCAUGCAUGGCCUGGUGAUCUUCCAAAGGCCUUUGGCCCGCCACCAUGAGCGGCGAAAGGCCUUGCUGAUCGGGGUGAACUACGCCAACUCCCACGCGCCCCUCAAGGGCUGCGUCAAUGACGUGUGGAACCUCCAGUGCUUGCUGCGGCACACUCUCCAGUACACCUCGGAACAGCUGCGCAUUUUGGUGGAUGGCUUCGAUGGCCGACCAAGGCCGGAGAGGAUGCCUACCAAGGCAAAUAUCCUGGCCUCGCUGGAGUGGCUGGUGGCGGAUGCCCGCCCAGGCGACCAGCUGCUGCUGGUCUUCUGCGGCCACGGGGCGCAACACCCCCGCUCCCCGGGCUCGGAGAAGUGUGAGAGCUACCUGGUGCCCUCAGACUUCGCAGAGGACUUGCCCUCAGGCUUCUUCGAGGCCCUUCGAAGCAGCUCGCAGGCGCCAAUGGCCAUGGACACUACAGCGCCCUACGCAGGAGGCACGCUUCCGCCCGAGGAGCUGCAGAGAUAUGCCGCUGCUGCCCAGAAGGCCCUAGGAGGCUCCCGCAGCGGCUACCGCUUGGUGUCCAUGCUGGAGGUGCACGACUUCAUCAGCCGCCUGCCAAAGAGGUGUUGCGUGACGGUCAUGUUUGAUGCCUGCUACGCCAUCCUGCCGGGAGCGGGCCCUGAGAGCAACUCUCCGGCCACCUUCCGAAAGGUGGAUCGUGGCCUGGUGGAGUACCAAAAGCUCAGGGACUUCAUGAGUCGGCCCAGGUUUCUGGAGCUGCCGCCACUGCCGGUCCAGCACACUCCGCCCCAGCUGCCGCGGACCACCCACUUCCUCGCUUGCACGCUCCAUUGCUUCUCCGGGUGCAGGCUGAAGGAGUGGUGCGCCGAGUUCCCCAUCGAGGGCACUGUCCAGGGUGCUUUCAGCUGGGCCUUCCUGAAGGCCCUGGCGCAGGGCCACUUCCACGUGGGGGUCUACCAGUUCCAGCAGAUGAUGACCAACAUCUUGCUGAGCCUCAAGGGCCAGUUCAAGCACGUUGACCAGCAGCCAGUGCUGCAGCUGUCUGCAGAUGCCAGCCUUCAGGACGUGGUGCUGUGGACGUGA